GGGAAGCCGCGGUACCGGUGGCCGGCUAGUUCUCGCUCCCUUCUCAUUGUUGUAGCGUCUGCUGCUGGAUUCGGCACGCCGUAGUCUCCUACGAGGAAGCUAAUUAAGCAAUCAAGCAACAAUCAUGCCAGUGCCGCAGCUCCAGAGACCGGCGCCCGCUUUCAGCGGCACCGCUGUCGUAAACGGACAAUUUAAGGACAUUAAUCUCUCCGAUUACAAAGGCAAAUACGUCGUGUUGUUCUUCUACCCACUGGACUUCACCUUCGUGUGCCCGACCGAGAUCAUCGCUUUCUCCGACCGAGCGCAGGAAUUCAGCGACAUCGGCUGCGAGGUAAUCGCCGCAUCCACCGAUUCUCACUUCUCCCAUCUAGCGUGGGUCAACACGCCCCGCAAGCAGGGCGGUCUCGGCGAGAUGAACAUUCCUCUGUUGGCCGACAAGAGUUUCAAGAUCUCCCGCGACUACGGCGUGCUCGACGAGGACACUGGAAUCCCCUUCCGCGGACUUUUUAUCAUCGACGACAAGCAGAAUGUCCGUCAAGUCACCAUCAAUGAUUUACCCGUGGGAAGAUCCGUUGACGAAACCUUGCGUUUGGUCCAAGCGUUCCAAUACACGGAUAAACAUGGUGAAGUGUGCCCAGCUGGCUGGAAACCUGGCAAGAAAACCAUGAAACCUGACGUAGUCGGUUCGAAGGAGUACUUCAAAGAUUCGUAGACAAUAAGAUUUCACGCAACAAUGAUGUUCGUUUGUACGUCCUAUUAGUUACACUCGUAUUGUGUGUGUUUUGUAUUCUUGCGCGCUGCGUUAAUUUCCAAUUUAGUACAUCAUUUAUUUCUGUAUUUACCUGAUAUAGAUAAGCACACAUAUCGCGUCCAGCAGUAUGACAUGUGAAAUGUUUCCUCUUAGUUGUCUUUUAAUAAACAGGUUUAUUUUGUA